AUGUUUCCGAGGUCUCCUGUUUUCACCGACAGAUUAAUCCAUCUUGGUCAACAAACUGGCGAUCGCCGAAAGUGGAUUCACCUUUUUGAAACCGUUAAUGCAAUACUAUUCUUCGCAUCCUUGACGGACAUCGUGGAAUCAAGCAGCGAACCUCAGUUUAAGGUAUGCCUUAUUUUCACAUGACUCUUCUUUCAGAGUAAGAUGGACGAAAGUCUCGACUACUUCCUGUUUCUCUUAAACUCAGUUUGCCUCCUGAAGAGGGAUAUAAUCGUCUUUUUUACGAAGAUGGAUAUUCUGCCAGCGGUUUUCGAAAAGACGCCGAUUCGAUCCAUUUACGAGAAUUUUGAAGGUUAGUAGAUUGCUGAAAUUUCGUCCGUUUCAUCUCACGAAUUUUGUUGUGUUUAUUGUUUUACAAACGAAGUGCUGCAAUUUAGCAUUACAAGUAAAACGUAGUUUCAGAAAACAAAAAAGUGAGGAGUUCGCUUUGAGAUAUUGAUGUGCGGACUAACUAAUUCGCGAAAUACGUAGAAUU